GUCCUCGCCCCUUAUCUCAGUGUCCUCAGUGAGGCUAGAGCAGCCCAGAGGGGACCCAACCAACCCUCUCGAGACCUCCAAGGUCACUGGGGACACCCCUCCAGGACCCUCCAGGAAGCUCUCUCUGAUCCCUUUCUCUCUCUUGAGGGAUCAGCAUGGCGGACGAGAGCGAUGCGGCUGGGGAGCCUCAGCCAGCACCAGCCCCUGUCCGACGCCGCUCCUCUGCCAACUACCGAGCCUAUGCCACGGAGCCACACGCCAAGAAAAAGUCUAAGAUCUCCGCCUCGAGGAAACUUCAGCUGAAGACUCUGAUGCUGCAGAUUGCGAAGCAGGAGAUAGAGCGCGAGGCAGAGGAGCGACGUGGAGAGAAAGGGCGCGUUCUGAGCACUCGGUGCCAGCCUUUGGAGUUGGAUGGGCUGGGCUUUGAAGAGCUUCAGGACUUAUGCCGGCAGCUCCAUGCUCGGGUGGACAAAGUGGAUGAGGAGAGAUACGAUGUGGAAGCAAAAGUCACCAAGAACAUCACCGAGAUCGCAGAUCUGACCCAGAAGAUCUAUGACCUGCGUGGCAAGUUUAAGCGGCCCACCCUGCGAAGAGUAAGGAUCUCUGCAGAUGCCAUGAUGCAGGCUCUGCUAGGGACCCGGGCCAAGGAGUCCUUGGACCUGAGGGCCCACCUCAAGCAGGUGAAGAAGGAGGACAUUGAGAAGGAAAACCGGGAGGUGGGAGACUGGCGCAAGAACAUCGACGCGCUAAGUGGAAUGGAGGGCCGCAAGAAAAAGUUUGAGGGCUGAGUCCAUGGGCUCCCACCCUUUGCGCCGACGAUGUCCCUGAGGAAUAAACCUCUCUAAACUGGAA